CCCUUUCUUGGGUCUUCCAUUGGUAUCAAAAUCGAAGAAACCUUGAUAAAACUUACGGGCUUAUCUCGAUCCAAAUCAUACACAAGCUCUAAUUCUCAUUUCCGAUUCAUAAAGUCAACAGCUUUCGAUUCCCCCAACAAAUCCGAAGUACAGACUACAUCAUGCUCCAAACCCUAGAUUACGAUCUUCCCCAUUCAUCACAAAAUCAGCGGAAACUGUAAAAAGUUCCUACAAAUCCGGAUGAUUGAUAGAUGGCAUCUUCUAAGUUGAUGAUGAAGAUGUCGUCUUCCACUUCAAGAAAUUCGGAUCUCAUCAGAAGAAAAUCCUCCAAUUCUUCCUCCUCUUCAACCUCAGCUACUCAUCUUAAUCAUAAUCACAAACGCCGUGGAAUCAGAACCGACAAGAAUUCUGGCGUCCUUCAGAUGACCGUUGACGGCGUUUCGCCAAUCGUUCACGAUAACAACGAACAACAAACUCCCGAGACGACUUUAUUCGACACUCUCUUAGACGCUGCAGGUGCCGUUUCUGCAACUAACGAUUCCGAGACCACCGGCAAUGUUAGCCGUCAAGAAAUUGUUCGCACUUCAUCAAACGGACCCCAAAAGACAGUGGAUGAUGUCUGGAAGGAGAUCGUGGCAAGCUGUAAGCAGGAGGUGCCAGACGAGUUGAUGACAUUAGAGGAUUUCUUGGCAAAGGCAGCGGCAGUGGAGGAAGAAGAUGUGAAAAUCAUCCCUCAACCUUUAACAUCUGAGAGAUUAAGUGGAGGCAUUUUCAGUUUUGAGAAUCCAAUGCAUCCCUUAAAUGUAGACGGUGUUGUAGGAUUCGGAAUUGGAGCUGAUGAAAUGGGAAAUAGAGGCAAAAGAAGAGCAAUCGUGGAGCCAUUAGAUAAAGCUGCACAACAGAGGCAAAGAAGAAUGAUUAAGAACAGAGAAUCAGCUGCAAGAUCAAGAGAACGAAAAAUGGCAUACCAAGCUGAAUUGGAAGCAUUAGCAGUGACUUUAGAAGAGGAGAAUGAAGCACUAUUGAGAGCAAAGGCAGAGCAGACUAGAAAAAGGUAUAAACAGUUGAUGGACAACAUAAUUCCAGUUACAGAGACAGAGACAAGAAGAAAGACAAAAUAUGUGCUGAGAAAAGUUCGAUCAUUGGAGUGGUAAUAGAAGGAAGACAUAAAUUAAAAUUCUAUUUGAUAGACAUGGAAAAAUUGGGAAUAAUGGUGCAAAUGCAACUACUAGCAAACUAAUUAUUUUGAAUCAACAUUUGUGGCUUCUUGAGUUUUUGUUCUUGGGCAUUUUCGAGGA